AUGUCUGCGCAAACCGAGGAAAACGAACAGCAGGCCUCCGCGAACGCGGAAGGCUCCAUGGGCUUGGGCGCCAACGCCGCUGGCUCUGGCUCUGUGCAAUCGAAGCAGACGCAGAAGAAGACACCGAAGAAGCUGGGCUCCAAGAAACCUGAGCCCCAGCAGCAACCUACUCCCGAAGCUACUCCAGACGCCGAAGGCGAGGGUGAAGCUGACGCUCAAGCUGGCGCAGAGGCUGGAGCAGAAGCCGACGUUGAGGAGGAAGCCCAGCCGCAGCAGGAGCAGCAACGCAACCAAUCUCGCCGCCGCCAAAGCCGUGGCCGCGGUAGGCGCGGAGGGCAGGAGAGCGACACCGAAUCUAUCGCCCGCAGCGAUGUGAGCGCUUCUGGAGGCCGCCGUCAGCGCCAGCGACAAAAGAAGCAGCAAGGCCAGACGCAAACGCAGACCCAGGAGAAGGGCCAAGGCAAGGGCAGCCCACUCGAAGGCAUCACCGAGGACCUUCCAGGCGGCGAGCUUGUCAAUGGCGCCGGCGACAUGGUGCAGAAUACUGCUGGGCAGGCAGUUGGGCAGGCUGGAGACACGGUCGGCAAUGCACUGGGCGGGCUUACUGGAGGCAAGCAGGAAGGCGGUCAAGAGGAUGGCGGUGGUGGUGAGCAGCUGAGGCUACGAUUGGAGCUGAAUCUGGAUAUUGAGAUCCAGCUUAAGGCGAAGAUUCAUGGUGACCUUACGCUUGGUCUGCUCAACUAA